UAAUAACCAGUGACACGCUUCUAUCUUUUCCCCCGUGUAACCGGAUCCCUCAGUUUGGGGGUUAAGGCCUAACUCACUGCGACAGCCAACUUCAUUUAACCCACCAGGCUGCUGCUCCUCGGCAGAGGCACUUGUCAGUCUAAAAGAGGGGAGUUUGUCCAACACUAUAAAUGAAAAGAACAACUUCCCAAGAGCUCACAACACCAGGGGACGGCACUCCUCCCUAACAAUGGACACGCCCACACGGAGCUCAAAGAGGAGCCGUUUGUUUCGGGAAGAGGAUGAUUCCCCUCAACAGCGUGUCCCCUCCAGGUCCCCUCGGAGGAGCCAGAGGGUCAGCACCACACCUCAGAAAUUUUCCAAUGUGGUAACACCUGAUAAGAAGGCCUCCCAGAAGAUCGGGCUGAGAUUAAGAAACCUCCUUAAACUACCCAAAGCUCACAAAUGGUGCAUCUAUGAAUGGUUCUAUUCCAACAUUGACAGACCUCUUUUUGAGGGUGACAAUGAAUUCUGCCUGUGUCUCAAGGAGUCUUUCCCCAACCUGAAAACAAGAAAGUUGACACGGGUUGAGUGGGGAACGAUAAGAAGACUGAUGGGGAAACCCAGACGAUGUUCCUCUGCAUUCUUUGACGAGGAGCGGACAGCGCUGAGACAGAAGAGGCAGAAAAUGCGCCUGCUGCAGCAAAGGAAAUUGUCUGACGUGUCAAACUGCAAAGACCUUCCAGAAGAAAUCCCCCUGCCGCUCAUCAUAGGAACCAAAGUCACUGCUCGACUCCGAGGCGUCCAUGAUGGUUUAUUCACAGGGCAGAUUGAUGCAGUGGACACCAGCGCUGCCACCUAUCGUGUCACCUUUGACCGCAGUGGCCUGGGAACACACACUGUGCCUGACUACGAAGUCCUGAGCAAUGAGCCCAAUGAGACCAUGCCCAUUACAGCCUUUGCCCAGAAGCAUCGGGCGUCUCGCUACCUACAGAACCUCACGACCCCGCCCAGAGGGCCUUACCCGUCCGCUACCACUCCUGUCCUCAUGGACAAUGACCCUCUCAUAAACCAAUCACCAUGGAGGAACAAACUGCCCGGAGCUGAGGGAGACACUCUGGGAGGAUUUCCUGUCAAGUUCCUUGUCCAAGUGACACGGCUGUCCAAGAUCCUCAUGAUCAAAAAAGAGCACAUCAAGCACUUGAAAGAAAUGAACACAGAGGCUGAGAAACUGAAGUCGUACUCGAUGCCUAUUGACCUAGACUUUCAGAAACGCUAUGCCACCACGGUGCUUGAGCUCGAACAGCUCAAUAAAGAUCUCAACAAGGUGCUUCAUGAAGUUCAGCAGUUCUGCUGUGAGCUUGCUCCCGAUCAGGGCAUGGUUCCAGCCGACCAUCCCACAGAGCUGCGGCGGCGCUGUGAAGACGAGGCCCAGCAGAUGGUGCAGCUGAGCAGCUCACUGAAGGAGGGACAGCAGACGGUGACAAACCCCAGCCUCACGCACCUCAUCUCCCGCCUCACUGCACUGCUGCUACAGAUCAAGUGUCUGGCAGAUGGAGGAGACCUUAAUUCAUUUGAGUUUAAAUCUCUGACAGACUCUCUGAAUGACAUCAAGGCAUCAAUCGACCCCUCCAACCUCAGUUGCUUCCAGAAUAAUGUGGAGAUCCACGUUGCACACAUCCAGAGCGGCCUUAGUCAGCUCGGCAACCUGCAUGCAUUCGCAGCCAACAACACCAACGCAGUCUGAGCACCUGCAUCAUCCACACACACACACACAGACACACACAGGUGCAUGCACACACAGAAAUGUGAGGUGUUCUUGAGAUGGUGCUUUCACCAGAACUGCAAACAAAAGCUCAUGUGGAUGUUGAGGACUACUGCAGAUUCUACCGGAGCUUUGUGCUGACUGGAGGUUGCAGAAGUAUUUUACCCACCCGUUUUAUUGUACGAAAAUGUUUGUGCACCCAAUCAAACACAAACCCUGAAAGAGUCUUUAAAUAUUGCCACAAAUCCACAUUUUCAAACCCCUCCAGGUUAUUUAAUGGUUUCACGUGCCAAACAUUUAUUCUUACAGUUUUUAUAGUCCAUAUUUAUUUAUUUUUGAGUAGGUGUGUAUGGUUCUGAAACAAUAUUUUCCUACCUGUAAAGUGUACCCCUGUAAGUGUAUUGUUCUGUUGCUCCACUGACAGUAAGCACAGGGAGGCUAAAGAAUGUUUUAUAAAAAUUGUGUAUUGUAGAUAAUUGUACAAUAUCUCUGAUUAUUAGGACUAUCGUCAACAUUUCUGCUGUGUAUUCAGAAAUGGCUUUUGUAAUUUUGUGUGCACUGAAAAGAGAUUUUGGUAUUUUUAUAAAGGCAAACUGGUUUUGAUGCCUUUUACUCCCUGAGAAUAUUCAAGCUUUUCCAUAUUUGGCAUGGCUGUUGCUGCAAACUCUCCCCCACAUCACACACACACACACACACACACACACACACACUAAGCCUGCAUCAUUCUUCACGUUCAACCCAGCAGUUUUUUUGUUCAGAGAGAAUCUCCUUUUUCAGUUUUGUAAAGUUGUAUAUGAGAGAGCCUCAGGGCGAUUGUAUAUAAAUGUUUCUGUCUUUUUAUAUUAAACAUAAUAUUGCAAAGCAGGA